UCUGUAAUUUGCUUUUUUCUCGUUACAGUCUCCUCCUUCUACACUUGUUUCUGGACAGAUUGCCUUCGUCUCCGUUCUUUUCCCCUGCAACGGCGGCAGGACUGUUCAAUCUCCCCUCACGCUUGGCGAAACCCGGUGUAGAGUGAAGGACGCGGCGACUCUGAUCCGCCGGAGCCCCCUCCACACCCGCCAUGCCGCCGCCGCCGCCGCCGCCUCCCGGCGACGUCGCCGUCCCCGACGGCGGGGACGGCGGCCCGGACCGCCGCGGCGGACCCGAAGACGAGCAGAACCGCUCGCAUUGCGCGGACGCCCGUCCUCCUCCUCCUCCUCCUAGUUCCUCUUACGGCGGUUUGCUGGGACUCGAUUCGGUCCCGUUGACCGACGCCGAGAAGGUCCGGAGGAUUGUAACUGCUUCGGCGAAGGGGUUCUCGAUCGGGGCUGGCCUCAAGGGUGGAUUAGCGCUCUUCUCGGUUCUCGUCAGGUUGAGACGGAGGAGAUUAUCGGCGUCUAUGAGGAAAGCUGAGCUUUUUUCGAAUAGAGAAGCCAUUGUAAUAGCCUUGAAGGAGACUUUGAGAUAUGGACUUUUUCUAGGAACCUUCGCCGGCACGUUUGUUUCUGUGGAUGAAAUCGUAGCUGCUUUGGGAGGGCACCGCAGGACCGGGAAGUGGAGGGCGUUGUUGGCGGGGGCAAUAGCCGGGCCUUCGAUGCUUCUCACGGGACUGAACACGCAGCAUACAAGCUUGGCCAUCUACAUACUAAUGCGUGCGGCUGUAUUGGCUUCACGGUGCGGAAUCAAAAGCAAGAGAUUCGGGAAAAUCUGCAGGCCUCUUACCUGGAAGCAUGGAGACAUAUUCCUUAUGUGUCUAUCUUCAUCACAGAUUCUGUCUGCUUACAUAUUAAAGCAAGAAAGUUUGCCUCCAUCAUAUAAGUCCUUCCUCAACAAACAUGGUGGAAAAGAUGUUACCAUUUUGCAAGGGGUGAAAGAGAUUGCUUCCGGCUUGCCGUUUACGAAUUUGCAGGCAAUAGAAAAAUAUUACAAAUCUACCGGAGUUGAUGUCAAACUAGAUCCAGAGAUGAAGAUUCCCUGCUCGAUGGUACAUGGAAAUCAGUCAUGCAGUGCACAUGCUAUUUCUUUUCUGAUUGAAGCCUAUAAAAGAGCAUUGCCUGUUUAUCUUCCAGUUUAUCUUGUUCCUGCAUUGAUAGUUCAUCGGAAAGGUCUUUUAAAAAGGCCUUACACUAUACUGGGAAAGGGUCUCUUUGGAACUGCAAGAUCAAGCUUGUUUCUGUCAGUUUAUUGUGCAUCUGCCUGGAUGUGGACAUGCAUUCUUUUCAGGAUUUUCAAGAGAUGUAACGUCCCCAUGGUGGCCAUGGGCACGUUCCCUACUGGUCUGGCCUUGGCUAUUGAAAAGAAAAGCAGGCGCAUCGAGAUAUCACUGUACUGCCUAGCACGGGCUAUCGAGAGCUUCUUUACAUGCCUGGCAGAUGUCGGGUAUUUGCCAAAGUCGAGGCGUCUUACAAGAGUUGAUGUGGUCGUUUUUAGCAUAUCGACGGCCAUUAUUAUGCACUGCUAUGCACAGGAGAGGGAGGUAUUCCGUUCAAAGUACUUGAACGUUCUCGAUUGGGUGUUCGGCGUGCCCCCUCCUCCCUGUGAAACACCAAGGUGCAAACAAUCAUCUGAAAAUUCAUCUCUUACUCUGACUUGAUAACAGAACAUGACAGUUCUUUAGGUUUCCUCUCACUUAUUGCCCACUUGAGGUAGCUUGUUACUUAUUUUUUUCUCGUGCUCUAAAGAAGCUGAGGCUCAGGAUUCCGAGAUUCGACCUUUGUGUUAACUUUUGUCAUAGGGAUAUUAAUCAGGUUAUGGGGUAGCAAAUGACACCAUGUUUUUUCUUGUGCAUGUAACUUCUCCGAACAACUGGAAUUCUUUCGUAGCUGUUACAACCGUCGGACAAUGCUUUUA